CAGCGGAGCGGUGACUCUCACUUCGGAUUCCACGCUCAUUACUGUACUUCCAGCCGCGUGUGCAUGUGAGGGAGUGUGUCUGCGUGGGGCGUGGCCUCUCUGUCAAAUUGUGUUCCCCUUCUUUUUCUUCUUGCGUUUCUGCCUGCACUUCAAAACUGCUGUUGCGUGGGGGAGUUCAGCGACUCUGUGUCUGCGAUACGGACCUAUAGAUGCAGCUUUAACGCUCCACAGAUCGGCCGCUGUCGGUGUGAAACACAUCCAGAGACGAUGUUCAGGUUCAUUAAGAUGGCUGAUGGUGCAGCUCACACUUGUGGAAUAUUCCUGGAUUACAGCAGAAACACUUCUUUACUCCUCUGGGACUAGGAACAGCGUUGUGGGUGACCGUCUUCUCUGUGAACAGCCUGCAGCUUUUGGUCCUUUUGAACACACUUUGCUGAGAUGAAUACGUUCUACAUCGUGAUUGAAGUAGUAAUUGCUGUUCUCUCCAUAUCCGGCAACAUCCUGGUGUGCUGGGCUGUAGCGAUCAACACCACUCUGAAGAACGCCACCAACUACUUUCUAGUGUCUCUGGCUGUGGCUGAUAUCCUGGUCGGUUGCCUCGCCAUCCCCUUCGCCAUAACCAUCAGCAUCGGCAUACAUCUGGACUUUUACGGAUGCCUCUUCCUCGCCUGCUUUGUCUUGGUACUCACUCAGAGCUCCAUCUUCAGUCUUCUUGCUAUUGCGAUUGACAGGUAUCUUGCCGUCAAAAUUCCUCUGAGGUACAAGGAGUUGAUGACGGGAAAAACUGCCAGAGAGAUCAUUGCUAUUUUGUGGAUCCUCUCCUUUGUUAUCGGCCUCAUCCCCUUCUUCGGAUGGAACUUGAAGCACGAGAGGUGUGAGAAUGGCAGCUCUGAUGCACACAACACUACGAACUCGCGGGGCAGAGACUUACUGCAGAGCUGCAAGCUAAAGUGCUUCUUUGAGAGCGUGGUAGACAUGCACUACAUGGUCUACUUUAAUUUCUUUGUGUGCGUGCUGCUGCCACUGCUCAUCAUGUUGGGCAUUUAUGUGAAGAUCUUCACCGUAGCCAGGAAGCAGCUGAGGCAGAUCGAGUUGAAGUGUGUGGGCAACGGGGACAGCCAGAACCAUGGGCUGCUGCAGAAGGAGAUCCGGGCCGCCAAGUCCCUCUCCAUCAUCGUGGGACUGUUCGCUGUGUGCUGGCUGCCCGUCCACAUCCUCAACUGUCUCACACUGUUUUACGAGGAGCUGAAGAAGCCGGAUGUCGUCAUGUACGUGGCCAUCAUUCUGUCUCAUGCCAACUCUGCAGUCAACCCCAUCAUCUACGCUUACCGCAUCCAGGACUUCAGGAACACCUUCCGCAAGAUCCUGGCCCAACACUUCCUCUGCCGUAAGGAGGAGCUGUACCUGAGCUCCAACGGCAGCAGACGCAACAGAGACCAGAUCCACAUGACCAUUGACCCUCUGCUAUAGAGGAGGAGUAUCAUCUGUGUCAACUUGGUUGUUUCAGUCUUGAAUUUAAAUUUCACUGAGGAUUAUGUUUACAGAACAAGGUUAUGAUAUGUGAAGAUGAUGUCAAACGCACCUUGAAUAUGGACAUUUAUUUAUGAGUAUCAGGGGAUAAAGCAGUGAAAUGUCGAGUAGCGACUCUUACAUAACUUUUGUAUUGUGAAGGAUUUCUGAUUUUGUUGAAGCUAACUGGAUUUGUAGGACUGUGAACAGGAUCCACGCUUAAAAUGCUAUUUAUCAUUCUGAAUCCACGCUGUUACAAACACUCCUCUUUUUUUGCCCUGCUAUUUUAUAUCGUCAACAUUCAGUACCAUUGUUUCAUUAUUUAUUUAUUACCAGACCAUGUCUUUGAGAAUGUAAAGAUCAAACAACUUUUGUGUGGCUAGAUCUGUGUUUGUGGACCUAAAAAGGUACAAUAGUAGUGUUUGUCCAUGGAUAUUUUUGGCUCAAGAACCUUCAUGCUCAUGUUCAUUACAGGCUCAAUUUACAGGACAGAUAAGAUUUCUUCAGAUUCUAAUUAUAAGAGGAGCAAGGACUGUGGCAUUUUUUCAUAUCUAUAUGCAAAAUUAAUGGCAGAUAACAAAAAUACACCAGACCCCUGAAUAGCAGAGAUGUUCCCAAUGUUCACAGGUGUUCCUGGAAGUGCAGGCAGAGGGAUCAGAAAUAGACUUUUCUGCAUGCAGGAAGUCACCAUUAACUAAAUUAAAAGGUCAGGGAGAGACAUGAAAAACAAACAGAAGGAAGAAAAAAACAUUUCCUCACUCAUGAAUCAUUUCUCAAAGCCACAGGGGUCACAAAAUUAUCUGGUAACCCCUGUGGCUGUGCACUAGAGGUAGAGGGAUUUUUGGACUCCAAAAUAAACGGCAUGGUUUGAUUCAGUCACGCAAACCCAGAAAUAAGUAGUUUACCAUAAACACACCUGUGGUGGUGCUCCAUUUCAUUUCCAUUUUUCUCAAGACAAAAGCUCAGGAAGUCAGAGACUAGACUGUACCCUUUGCAUAGCACAGAGCAUCUUCAGCUGCUUUACAUUGAGCCAAAUGUGAACAUGCUGUACCUGGAAGACAGUGUCAAACUUGAUACUUCAAACCACUGCAAUUUACAUUAGUCCUCAUCAUCCAGCUUUGCAGUCAGUGGAUAACAUAAAGCACCGUUGCUUUGAUUCAUGUCGGUGUAUAUGAACGUCACUUUCUGUAGGAGUCCAGCUGAUACCCCCUUCCCCUCAGAUUGGGAUCCUGAAGCCCUGUCAGUGCAGCAAGUCCUCCACAAGUCACUGACUGAACUGCUUCAUUUGAGAAAACAAGACAAUUUAGUUGAAAUAUGUUGCAUUUUAAACUUCUAUUAGGACUUCAGUCUUCGUCAUGCUAGCAAAUAUGGACAACUUAAGUCCAGCUGAUGACAGAAAAGGGGAGAAUUUAAAAGUCAGGUAGGGAACACUAAGGAAUUACUGUUUUAGAAGCAGAUUCUUUGACUCCAGUGAUUCACAAAGUGACACUGACACUGCAACUUUUGUGGUAGAGGUGCUCUUUGUGAACUCAACCAGAAGAGCAGUUUUGUUCAGAGUGUCGUAUCUUGUGUGAAGAACUGAGGGUGUUUUGGUCACCUGAGAGCCAUCAUUACACAAACGAAAACAUUGCACUGACAUUUUAGACUAUUCCCUGUUUGGUGUGUUUCACUCGUGUUGUUGAAUCUUGCCGUGUUGGUGUUAAAGAAGUGUUCUUAGCUUGACCACUUGCCUCCACAGCUUCACCAUCUCCCCUCAUUUGCUGUUGUGUCCAGUGUUCCACCUCUAACUUCAAGGGCUAAAAUACGGGAGUGUGCCAACAUUUUAGUACAUUCCAAUGGAGACAUCUAUACUGUAUCUGCACUGUAUUGUUGUAUUAUUGCCUUUGUUGACUCGUGUAAAAAUAAGUACUGUAGGUGUCCGGCUUUCUACAAGCUAUUGAUUGAUGUCAUACUAUUGCCUUUUUCCAAUUUUAAAAGUCAGACAGACAAUAACAAGUUGAUCUAGUUGAACAUUCCUGCCUUUCAUUCCGAAGUACCUAUCUGUCAGUGUUCUCUAGUGUCGUUACUAAUCAGGAGAAACAUCCACUGUGGUCAAGCUGAUGUUCCAUUCUUUUGUUCAUUCAACAAAACUACAGCUGCAAACUGAUACUGCUAUUUAACAUGAUGCAAUCUGUAUGUAUGGUGAAUUAUUUUGUUAAUAAAGGCAGUGUUUAUAUUGUUAAA